AUGGUACGGGAUGUAACAAAAUUGGGUCUCUUCAUCUUGUCGCUUUCAAUUGUCAUUAUCGAAGCGAAACGACCGUUGAUUAGUGAGUUGACUUCAGAGGAAAUAUUCACGAUACUGCAUCGAAAUGAUCCACAUUAUGAACUGAAAACACCGCCGCCUCGACCGCAUUCACACCUUCCCGACAUCGAGCCGCAUGAACACAUUCAGAGACGUAAAAUAGGGAUUGUGGAGCAUCAGCUUCCACUUGCAUCCAAUCGUCAACGAAUCGAAAACUAUGAUCGCCCGCAAACAACCGAUCGAUUCGAGGCGCAAACGCUGAAGACACGAAAACCUUUGAAACGGGUAUUCAUUAGUAGCUCAUCGCAUCGGCUCUCAAGGAUACCUUCGAGCAGAACGUAUUCUGCCUUACACGGAGAUAAUUUCCGGGAAGAGGUAGUCGGCACUGGUGCGGAAAAUUUCGGCACAGAGCCGACAAUAACAGAAAGGAUAACAAUGCCCGCAACGACACCAAUGGCGCCGGUAAAGUCAAUGACAAGAAGUUCUCAGCACGUGCUUACUGAAGCCGAUAUUGACUUAGUGGCUGUCUGCGAACAAGUGAAACGGAUCUCGCAAACCUAUCGAAUUCGGGAUAUGCCCAAAUUUGCUCGAAACAAUUGCGUAUUGAUUCGAAUGUAUUAUCCGAAAGCAGCGUGCGAGGAUAUCUGGAUCAUUGUUGACUAUUGUUUUCCUCAGGAAGCUGCACAAUUUGCUCAUUAG